AUUCCCUUCAACGGCCAGCUUUUAUUCCUUGCCAGCUGGGCACCUCUCUCUCGAAAUUUUGUAGGUUCUUGCGAGUUUUCUUGGCAGAUCGGGGAGAUAUGGGCAAUCCGGUGGGGCUUCCGCUACUCCUGGCGAUCACUAGCGUCAUCGCGACGGCAUUUAAGUGGCAUUCCGCGCCUCACAAGGUGCCAUUCUGGUGGAAUCUGCAGGGGCAUCCCGUGGCCUGGGCGCCGCGAUGGAUCGGUCUCUUCGCGCUCCCGGUGCUCCAGUUCCUGAUUCCAUAUGUCAUCUAUCAAUUCGCCGCGCGCGAUAGGGAUCUGGAGCGACAGGGCGGAGAGUCAAAGCACGCGGCAGCCCACGUGAUCUCCGUGCCGGCAUUGUUCCUGUUCUUCGUUCACAUUUUCGUGAUCUUAGAUGCGGCAACGAGUCCCAGCCAUGACUUUCAUCCUCGUCUCUUCGUUGCGAGCAUAGCAUUGUGGCUACUCUUCUGGUUUGGAUAUAACAUCCAGUAUGUGGAGUUUAAUUCCACCAUUGGCAUUCUAACACCAUGGACAGUAUCAAAUUCUACUGUCUGGAAGCAAACCCAGAAUCAUGCAAGUGUGAUUCUUAUGUUGUUUGGAAUCAUAUUACUCAUUGUUUCGCUGGUGUGCCCCUUGGGAACUGGAUUUCUAGUGACAACUCUAGUGCUUAUGUUUGCUCCUUUCUUUUAUUUCCUGAUUUAUUCUUAUUGUAUCUUAUCAAACAGUGGCGAACCAUUACUACCUUGAAUAAUACAAUAUAUAAGUAACCAUAUAA